CACCAUCCUCCUCCUCCCCACGUUGUAGAUAGCUUUCCUACUUGCUACUUUUACUUUCCUUUACGGUCCCCCGCCUGACUUUCGUCCCUGCCUCCGCUACACUCUCUUUCCUCUCCUUGCCCAGCCCUGCCCGCCGCUCUCGGAGCCGCAAAAGCCUCCGUCUCGAAUCCACGGUACGGUACCACUGACGUCUUCCGUCACGGCGCCGAGGCCACCUCGUCAUUUUGAUAUCUACACCUAUCAACCACCAUGGCCUGCACCGGAGCCAGCAUCAUGACCGAGUCCUACGAGGAGCCCACCCUGCGCACAUCGACCGACAUAAGCUUGAGGCGGAACGAAUUGCGGCGUCGCAGGCACUCUUCCUACCAUGUGCGGACCACCUCGAUGGACUUUGACAAUGUCCAGCUCCUGAUGGACCGUUUCCUCGCCGAACUCGGCCGGCGUCUCGAUUUCCUCGAAUCCUACGGGCAGCUCAAGCUCGACCACGGCAAGGAACGCGCCUACGCGACGCUCCGCUCCGUCCGCGACUCCUGCUCCCACGUAUCCGACGGCGUGCUCGACGCGGGCAGACGGCGCGCCCAUGUCCUGGUCGACAUCGCCGAGGGAACGUACAAGGACGCGCUGGCGCGGAAGGAGACGAUGGAGCAGAAAGUGCAAGAAGGGGUCAAGCUGAUGGAGUCGACGCUGGCCGACUUCGAGGCGCGGGCAUACGCCAUGCGGGAGGCCGGCCUCGGGGCGGUCGCGCACGAGAUCUACGACGAAGGGUGGAAGCGGGUGGGCGAGGCGAAGGGGCGGGCCAAGGAAGUCGUGGGCGAGGGCCUGGAGAAGGCGCGCCGGGCCAAAGAAAGCGUCAAGGAGGGCGUCGAGCACGCCGUCGAGCGCGCCCUCGCCCGCGCAAAGGAGCACGGCUUGAUCAGCUACGAGGACCUGCCCGACCCGUGGCGCGUCAACCCGCACAUCCUGCGCGGCUACCGCUUCCACGACGGCAAGCUCGACUGCCUCCGCUCCGUCUUCGGCAUGUCCAACGAGACGUUCAACAUCUGGUCACAUGCCAUCGGCCUCUUCAUCGUCCUCGCCAUCGCCUUCUACUUCUACCCCACCAGCGUCAACUUCUCCCAGUCCACCAAAUCCGACAUCUUCAUCGCCGCCGUCUUCUUCUUCGCCGCCUGCAAGUGCCUGGUCUGCAGCACCAUGUGGCACACGAUGAGCAGCAUCUCGGAGCAAAAAGUCAUGGAGCGCUUCGCCUGCGUCGACUACACGGGCAUCUCGAUGCUGGUGGCCGCCUCGAUCAUGACAACCGAGUACACAGCCUUCUACUGCGAGCCCAUCAGCCGGCUCGUGUACAUGAGCACAACCUUCGCGCUCGGGAUCGGCGGCGUCAUCCUGCCAUGGCACCCCACCUUCAACCGCGCCGACAUGGCCUGGGCGCGCGUGAGCUUCUACGCCUCGCUCUCCGCGACGGGCCUGCUGCCCGUGGCGCAGCUCAUCUACACGCGCGGCCUCUUCUGGGCCAUCUACUUCUACGCGCCCAUCACCAAGAGCAUCGCCGUCUACUUUGUCGGCGCCAUGAUGUACGCGGCCAAGAUCCCCGAAAAGUGGUUCCCGGGCAUGUUCGACUAUGUCGGCGGCAGCCAUAAUAUUUGGCAUCUUGCUGUCCUCGGCGGCAUCUUGUUCCACUAUUUGGCCAUGCAGGAGUUCUUUGAGCAGGCCUUUUUGAGAGCUCAGACGCAUUGUCCCGCGUGA